AUGGCGAACAAGUUUGGAUUAGGUUCUUUAUCUUUAGAAACUAAAAAACCUAACACUACAGCGUGGAUAAAUAAAGCGAAGUCUUACUUUGUGGAUCAAAUCGGAGACACUCUUCAAGGUGAUUUAGAUAUGAACAAUUUCAAAGUAACUAAUUUAAAGUUUCCGGAAAACGAUAAUGACGCUGUUCACAAGAAAUAUUUACGGGAUCAAAUAAAUUCAAUUGAAGUAAAUAAAAACCAUUUAGAAGAUAAAAUAAGUAAUGUGAAAAGAUUCUUCAAACGUCAACUAAAUAAUAAAAAUUUUGUUAAUGAAACUAAACUACAACAAGAGGUAAAAGGUUUAAUAAGUUUUAUUCAAAAAGAAUUGGUCAACUUAGUGAACAAAACUGAGUUACAAAAUUUAAUUUCAUUAAUAUCUAAAUUAGAGGAUAAGAUUACAAAACAAAAAUUAGACAUUCAACAAUUAAUAGAUAACAUUCCAGAUGAAAAUGAAGAUACGUUUCAACAGGAAUUAAAUGCUCUGGAAACUAAACUUAACAGUGAAUUACAAAAAGAACUAAGAAAUAUUAAACAACAAAUAAAAAACAUAGAUGAUAGCGAAAUCAAAACCUAUAUUCAACAACAAAUACAGAAUAUUGAUGAUAGCGAAAUCAAAACCUAUAUUCAACAACAAAUACAAAAUAUUGAUGAUAGUGUUAUUCAACAACAGAUAACCACUAUUAAUAACCUAGUUUUAAAACAGGACAAAAAUAUAGUCGCAUUAGAAAAAAAGUAUUUCAAGAAAGAAUCAUAUUAUUUCAAUCUUCCAUUUGGAGGUAUGAGACGUGAUGAUCCUUCCAUUACUGAUAAUAUUGAUAAAUCAAAAGACUAUAAAUAUAAAAAAUAUGGAUUUACAGCAAAUAUAAGAGUAUAUUCUGUUCCAGAUGGUAUUAUUUACCCCCAAGAUUUUUUUGAUAUAGAUGAUAAUUUUCAUGCAACAUAUUUUACUUUCCGAGGAAAACAUAUAAUUGAAAUAACCUUUUCCUUUUCAGAUUUAAAUCCCACUGAUACUGUACCAGAAGAAUUUUAUAAUAAAUUAAUGAAUAUAGUAGAAAUAUUUGUGGGUAAAGAUAGCAUCGAUCAAAUGUUACAACGUUUAGGAAAAAUAGAUCAAAAAAGAAUAACAUUAAUUUCGCAUAACGGUAGCGGUUUUAAUAACUGGAUCGUGCUUAAAAAUGCGAAAAAACUAACGCAAUGUCCACUAGUAACAGCUAGAGGCAUUCUGUCUCUACCUUUAAGUAAUUCAUUCACCGAUGAAUAUUUACAGAAAAAAUCUUUAAGACACGAAUGGGAACCUUACGCUAAAAGAGAUACGUUAUGUCUUCGAGCUUGUUUGAUAAAAUAUAACAAAGUUAUGAAAGAAGUUGUAUUCCAGAAUAUUUUCAAUGAUCUAACGGCUCCUUCUUUAUCUUUAAAGGGUUGGUAUUAUGUAUAUCAUUACAAUAAAGAAAUUAAAUAG